UUUCUGGAAAGCGUAGUUCACAAACUGCCUUCUGUCUGGGACAGCUCGGCGGGAGGGCCCCUGGCUGCCCACUAGCUCUCUGAGGACUGAAGUGACAGGUGGGCAGUGCUGCCGCCUGAGAGCCUGAGACAUUUCCGCACUCGGGGCCAGUCUGCGCCUGAUUUGCCAGGGGUGGUUUUCUCUGUGGGAGAACAAAAGCAGCUCAGGGGCAGCGCCUAUGGAUUCCAGUUCCAUGGAUUCCAGUUCGGAGGAGAAAGGUGCAGCCAUGGCCAUCCCCCUGCUGAAGCCCAGCGAGAAGUUCCACCUGUUUGUCAGUUACAGCAGCAUGGAUGCCACGUGGACACAUGGGCUCAUCGGCCGCCUGGAAGCCGACCACGCGGGGCUGAGGGUCUGCCUGCACGAGCGGGACUUCACCCCAGGCAGGAACAUCCUGGAGAACAUGGCUGAGUGCAUCCAUCAGAGCCAGAAGGUGCUGCUGGUGCUGAGCCAGGACUUUGUGCAGAGCAGGUGGUGCCUGCUCGAGGCCGACCUGUCACUCUUUGGCUACUGCCUGGAGAGGAAGCCGGUCAUCCCCGUCCUGCUGCGGCCCUGCCAGGUCCCGCUGCACCUCAGCCACCUGACCUACCUGGAGGCCAUGGACAGCCGUUUCUACAGCAAGGUGGUGCGGCUCCUGUGCACACCCAGCCACUGCAUGGCGCGAUCCCUGCCCGGCCCGCGCCCGGUCCCUUCUUUCUACAGCGGGAAGACCCUCCUGACCCUGAACUGUGUCAACAGGGACAGGCUGCCGUCGUGGAAGGUGGGGACCUUCAGCACCCUGAGCGUCCCAGACCCCUUGAAGGAGGUGUUGCCGGACCCCGAGGUGUACAAGCAUGCUGUGGGCAUCCUGAAUGGGGUACAGUCCCCCAGGUCCUGCCUCCGGUAUCUGGGUUGCAGGAUCCUGCUCGGCAUCUUCCUCAUUCUUCUCUCCGUCUUGUUCUUGUUAUCGAUUAUCAUAAUUUCAGACCCUACGCACCUAACACCAGGUCUGCAGUUCCUGCUAAUCACCACCACUGUGUUCUGCAGCCUCCUCAGCAUAGUCUUAGCAGUUAACAGUCUGUGCUGGUUCAGAAGGUUUUCGAGGAGGAAGAUGCAGGAGCUGGACCUCAGGGUGGGGGAGGCCAACCUGCUGCUGGCGCCACACUCGGUGCUGAUGGGCUGCCAGACCCUGAACCAGCUGUCCUUCGUGUUCGUGCAGCUGGAGGACUGCAGGCAGACCUUCCUCCAGGCCCACGAGGGCGAGGCCCUGUUCCGGAAGGCCCUGCUGCAGUUCUCCUGUGCCUAUGCGUGCUGCCUGGUACAGGCAGACUUCCCCCACUGCGAGGACACCGCGGCCGCCCGGGGCCACCUGGAGCCCGGCCUGUGUUUCUGCCAGUACGUCUCUGUGCAGCUGGAGAGAGGUUAACCCCAUGUGGCGGUGGGAGGGCCUGUGGAAGGGCCUUGUGUGGACAUCCAGCCGCCCCUUGGCCGGUGCUGUGGACGUGGCUGCCGUGAGGCCUGGCUGGCGCGCUGUCUCUCACCUCUGGUUAGUUGUGCCAAGCAGGGCAGCCUGCACUGCCUGCUCUGAGGGCAGAGGUGACUGCUCUGUCCCAACAGACUGGGGAGGGGGACUUUGGUCAAACUACCUGAGAGACCCUUAGGGCUGGCCUGCACCUCUCUAGAUGUCCAGGGGCCAGAGCAGAAUGCAGCUCCUCCAGGCACCUGCCCCUCGUUCUGGGACACGGAGAUGAGAACAGGUCAAUCCCUAGGGACUUGGAAACACACACACACACACACACACACACACACACACACGCUGCGCUCCAGCCUUCAGUGCUGAGAGCUUGCAGGGUGCUUGCCACAGCCAUCGUUGGCUGGAAAUGGGAGACCUGGGUUGUACUGGGCAUGGUCAGAUUUGCGUCUGUGGCCGUUGAUUCCAGACCGGUGAGCCCUUUCUGCUCUGCAUGGCCCCAGGUUCUGAAAUAAAGACCCCAGCCUGUCUUCAUCCUCCCUCCUGGGGAGGGUGUGCGGGGGCUGCAGCAGCACCUCCCAGGACCCUGGCCAAGCAUGGUGGUGCAGCCUCCUCAUCCUCGCUGCUGCUGCCAGUCAUCCCACAGGAACAGGGCAGCGUCCCCGGGGGUUCUGGACGUUGGGGACAGAGCAGGGAGCAGCAGCAGGCUGAGCCCUCCCUGAGCUGCGCCCCCCGGAGAGUGAGAUCCCCACACCUUACGAUUCACACCUCUCCCCAGGACCCCUCUCUGUUCUGGCCCAAGCACAGGCAGGACCUUGGAGGUGAGGGUUGGCCCCAGGGUAACAUGGGCAGGCUACCCUCUGUGAAAGGGCAGUUGGCAGGUGAUGACCGGCCAGACUUGA